AUGAGAGGAAAAGUGGGGAUCGAUGACAGAUCGAGGGGAAGACCAGUGGAGGUUCAGUUCGAAGACGACCUCGGGGGAACGGUCGGCGUCGGCCCUGUCACCGUCAGAUUCCUCAACAGAUUCACGGGACACGCACUGGGCCGUUCUGCCUACCCAGAAUCCUCUCUCGUCAGAAAAUUCUUUUGGCUCUUCGUAUUCCUCAUCACCACUGGCUACAUGUCCUAUGGAAUCAUCGACAUCAUCUCUUUAUACACGACGGGCAAAAUGACAACCUCUACCCAGCAAUAUUUUAGAGACCGCUUCGCGAAGAUCAACAGUCUACCCCAAGACAAGAAGUUCCUUUUGGAUGCUUCCUCACGUGUGGAUCUUAAAGGCAUCAAAAUACUCCAUUGCAGCUUCAAUGAGGAGCCAUGCAGAGAAGCUGAUUUCUCACCUGAGGAAAAUGAAUUGCUUGGAGAUUGCAUUACCUUCAAUUUCCGCCGUGACAAAGACGCCCGGCACAUCUCACAUCCUGAAAUAACUUCGAACAACUCCGGUUGGGAUGGUCUUCGACUCGCACUGGCCCCUUAUUAUUGGGACACACGGUCUGCUUCGAUUACGGGAUACAGACUCUUCAUUCGGAAACCCCAGGAUAUCACCUAUACGAUCGAUGAAGGAUUCAACGCUAACCUGAGGGAGAUUUCCCAUAUUGGCCUAAAGAUGGUGGAGUUCGAAAGAAUUCCCCCAGACCAAGGUGGGAAUUGCGCCCAAGAUACUUACCUUCUGCAGCGAUUCGACCCGGAAGUCUUCCAUAUCACGAAUCGAACAGCUUACUCUAAGCAGUUGUGCCAGGACUUGUAUGCUUCAACUCUACUGAUGGAUGACUACAACGUCUCGCUCGAUUGCAUCUCGACACUGGUCAUGACGCAUCACCGCAAAAUUCUGGAUAUCCCCGAAGUGGAUCACGGCAAGAUGGCUGUGGUGCACGUCUCCUACGAAACCAUGUCAGUGGAAAAAACCACGGAGAUUCAGUUAUAUCCAUGGUCGAGCUUCGUCGGGAUGUUCGGAGGCUUGCUGGGACUCUACACAGGGAUGUCAUUCGUCUCGGUUUUGGAGAUGCUGGAAUGGAUCUUGGACAUGUUCUUAUACGGUUGGAGGAAGCCACGGCGUGACGCGAUGAGGCCGAAACGACGAGCGAUUCUCGUUGAGUUCGACAUUACGAACGAAACAAUGUGUCAGUCCGUCUUUGAGCAUCCAUUGAACGUCCAGCAAGAGAACUUCCAAGGACAACUUCUCACGGUCUACCAUUGGAUGUCCUCGGAUGGAGUCCCCUCCACGUUGAGGCCUUCCAUCUGGCCCGAUGGGAGUCCCCUCCACGUUGAGGCCUUCCAUCUGGCCCGAUGCAAUAAGGUCCCCACAGUAUAA